AUGUCUUCCAGCAAGAAUUCGUCCCUACCCGACCUCAAUGAGAAGGAAGUCGUGCAGGCCGUGUCGGCGGUCCCCGAGGACCCGCGCGGCGAUGCCGAGCUGCAACGCGCUCUCCGCAAGGUCGACUUCCGCCUCAUCCCACCUCUCGCUAUUCUUUAUCUCUUCUCGUACCUCGACCGAGGGUCACUCGCAAACGCAUCCAUCUUCGGCAUCAAGCAGGACCUCGGCCUCAGUCCCCAGCAGUACAACAUGCUCGUGACCGUCUUCUUCUUCACUUACGGUGGUAUGGAAGUUCCCGGAGGUAUCAUCCUGUCAUACGUCAAGCCCAAGUACUGGAUCGCGUCAAUCUGCUUCGCAUGGGGUAUUGUCAUGAUGUCUUCCGGCUUUGUCCAGAACUACGCUGGGGCCCUGGUCGCCCGCAUCUUCCUCGGCAUCACCGAGGCAUCGUUCUUCCCUUCAGCUCUCGUCCUCGUUGGUAACUGGUACCCGCGCCUGCAGUUCCAGACGCGCAUCACGGCUUUCUACGUCAUCGGCGUGUUUAGCGGCGCAUUCUCCGGCCUUCUCGCCUACGGCAUUCACUACAUGGACGGUGUUGGCGGUCUCGCGUCGUGGCGCUGGAUCUUUAUCCUUGAAGGUAUUGCCACUGUCGUCCUCUCGUCUCUCAUCCUCAUCUUCCUUCCCAAUGACCCCGAGAGCUCCAACUGGCUCACCCGCUCGGAGAAGGAUGCCAUCCUUGCCAACAACUCGGCUGAGGGCAACGACGGCCAUGCACACUUUGAGUGGCGCUACCUCAAGGAAGUGGUUACCGACUACAAGGUCUGGAUGUGCACUUGGCUCAGUAGCUCGGUCAACAUUGUCACCUUUGGCUUCUCGUACAACCUGCCCUCCAUUCUCGUGCAGAUGGGCUACAAGGCCGAGAUUGCGCAGCUCAUGACGGUUCCCGUCUACGCUUCCGCCUGUCUCUUCACCCUCGUUUCUGGUAUCUACUCGGACCGCCGCCAGGUCCGCUCUCACAUGAUUGUUGUGGGUUUCACCGGUGCCCUCCUUGGCCUCGUCCUCCUCUACGUCUUCCCCAAGGACCGCAACCCGGGAGCGCGCUACGCUGGCUGCAUGAUCUUGAUGUCCGGAAUCUACAUGUCGUUCCCGGGUACGGUGGCAUGGACUUCGAACAAUGCCGAGAGCAAGGGCAAGCGGAACAUUGCCAUGGCGUUCCAGCUCACCAUUGCGUCGCUCGCCACUACGGUCGGCACCAACUCGUACCUUGCACGCGAGGCUCCCCACUACCCCACCGGCUUUGGUCUCUCGAUGGCCAUGUGCGCUUCCUCCAUCCUCGUCGCAAUCUCUCUCAACUUGCUCAUCCGCCGUGCCAACCGCAAGCUGGAUGAGAAGGAGCGCGAGACUCUUGCAGCUGACAUGCCCAUCGACGAGGCCGACCUCGUCAAGCUGCGCUUCCGCUACAUCACGUAA